CGCGGGGGCGGCGGCCGCGGCCGGCACCACCACUGGGCAGCCGACCUGGCCGCCUCCGACCGCGACGCCUCCGACUCCGAGCUGUCCGACUCGGAGCACUUCCUGGCCAAGGGCGCCUUCCUGCUCACCCCCAGCCACGAGCUCAGCAUCGAAAAGGCCAGCAGCAUCUGCGAGAAGAUGAACUUCAAGGGCCUCUUCUCUCUCACCAAGACCGCCACCGGCAUCCUCUUCAAAUUCUCCGAGCCGGAGGACUACCAGGCUGUCUACAAGAAGGGCUUCCACAAGGUGACGGGCGCGCGCUUCUACAAGAAGGUACCGAUCCCCUGUCGGCCGCAGAAGACGUUCACGGUGUUCGUGCUGGAGGUGCCCGAAGACAUCCCCGAGGAGGACGUGCGCCACUCGCUGUACAAGUUCACGUCCGUGGUGGAGGUGACACGCCUGCCCAGGGACACUCCCCUGGGGUCUUCGGCGGCGGGGGCCGCUUCCGGCUCGGCGGCCGGAGCAGCCAGCCCCGCGGGCAGCGCCACACCGCCGCACGGUGGACCCAGCGCCGCUCAAGGCGAGAAGGCGGCGUCCGGCGGGCCGCCGCCGCUGAUCCGCGUGACGCUGGCGUCGCUGGACGAGUCGACGGUGCUGCUGCAGAACGGGCUGGACUUCUACGGCGCCACGUUCUUCCCCACCGAGGCCGCCGUGCCCGGCGCCGCCAUGCGGCCCACGUCGCGCAGGCCCGGCGCCGCCUCCAGGUUGCUUGAUCUGGCAGCAUCAGGACAGAGAGUGAGGGAUAUGCUGCCUGUUUUUGAUGCUGCCGGUUUCACUAAGAUUCCGCCUCCUGCUACCAAGACGAUUAAGCCACGGGGUACCAACUAAAAGGCAUCAUUCAUGUCUCAUAAACGACACUCACAGAUAUUGUGUUUCACUCGUUAGCUGUUACAUACAGUAUAAUGACAAAAUGGCUUCUUUGUACCUGCAGUGCCUUACAACAACAUUCUAUGAAUGAUAAAUAUAUCUACUGGAAGGAGAAUUUACAAUGUUAACAUGGAAAAAACUAGCAAAAUAACAAGAGGCAGUGCUUUUAAACUAAACUGGUGGUUUGUGUAUUCAUUUGCUGAGAAAUAUUUAUGGGAUGUCAAAAUUGCGAAUUUAACAUUAAUUGUGGCAUUAAUAAUUUAUGUAUGGAGAGAGCGUCUGUCUAUAUGCAUUCUUAAUAAAAGCAUUCAUGAGGCGUAUAACAAAUGUAGAUAUAUAUUAGUGAUUACGUUGGCGUUAUGGUGUAUUAUUUUUAUGUAUAUGUCCGUUAAAAUAUAUACGGAUUCUUUUAAUUUACUACCUCUUACGUUCCUAGGAACGAAAUUUUACAAGAAUUUUUAACAAUGAAAAUUAGCUUUGUUUAAUGUAGGAUCACUGUAAGUGUUAAUCAGAAGUUUAAUAAACAUAUGACUCCACUGUGAAAAAUUUAUGUGAGUAAAUCGAUGUAUCUUUAUUCUGGGAGAUAAUGACGAAAGUUUUGUGCCGUUCGUCAUCGUUUCAUAAGCCAAGGAUAUGUAAAGUCAGCUAUUCAGUGGUGCAAUAACCGCCCAGCAUAUUCCUUAACUGUUUCUAUAUGUAUGUUAAAAUUAAAGUUACAGAAUAAAUCAUAACAUGAACUACAGAUGUUACCGGUAAGAAGAAAGCAAUAGAAUAGAACAUCUCGACUGGAACAAGGCAGUUGUGAAGAGAAUGUGAGAAUUUCAUGAAAACGAUGAUAGCAAAAUAACAUAAAAACUGAAUUAAACAAAACUAUUCAGAAACAUUUUCCAGAGGAUAUGAGAACGUACAAUGAAAAUUGCUAAGAGAAACGACUGCAAACAGUAAGAGAAAACAAAUACAGAAAGUUUUGUGAUUUAGACAUCACAAUUUAUUACUCAAAAUGGCUCAUCGUAUGCCUAUAGCAAUUAACGACAGAGAGAGUUGUUGUUGCACAUUUCAGCCUCAGAUCAUACA